AGAGGCGCCUUUAUUGUGCUGGAGGGCCUGGACCGCAGCGGCAAGACCACGCAGGUUAAGCUGUUGCAGGAGAAACUGGCUGGGAUGGGUAGGGCGGUGGAGCUGGCCCGGUUUCCUGGUAUGCUUCCUGUCUCUCUCUCUCUCUCUUUCUCUUUCUUUUUUUUUAUCAUAAACACCUACCUAACCUCGCCCAACGCCCCGUCCCUACCGGACCAAGCCAUCCACCUCCUCUUCACCGCCAACAGAUGGGAAGCCGCCCCUCGCCUCACCAGCCUCCUAGCCAGCGGCACCACCAUCAUCUGCGACCGCUACUACUACUCCGGCAUGGUCUACUCCGCCGCCAAGCACAACCCAGCGCUCCCCCUGAGCUGGGCCCGGAGCCCAGAGGUCGGGCUCCCGCGGCCAGAUCUCGUGGUGUUUCUGGACCUGGACGGCGCAGCGGCCGAGAAGAGGGGCGGGUGGGGUGGCGAGAGGUAUGAGAAGCGAGAGAUGCAGGCGCGGGUGAGGGAGUUGUUCUGGGGGUUGAAGAGGGGGGAGCUCCAAGGGGUGGUCGGUGCUGGUGGGGCGAGCGAGGAGGCGGAGGAUCUUGUGGUGGUGGAUGCUGGUGGGAGCGUGGAGGAGGUGGCGAGGGAGAUAUGGAGGGUUGUGGAGGCGAGGGUG